AUGGCCUCGAAGACUACAAGUUCAACAAACGAAACGUUAUUGACCUUUGCAUUGAAUUUAAGGAAGCAUGUACAUUACACCCUAAAACAGGAUAAUUAUGCGAGAUUGAUAUCUGAUGUAGAGGCAAAUCCCUUUCGUAUCACCUAUAUGAUGCGAUCAGACAUACUCGUGGAAAGCUUGUCUUGGGAUACGGACGAAGAUCAACAAAAGCAACGCUUACCUUCCAGCGUGUUAACCGAUAGACCCAUCAUCAAUCCUUCAAGGGGAAGAGUCAGUGUCGCUGCAGGUAUGGUCGUCACUCCCGAUGAAUUAGAAAGCACUAUCGGUUCAGGAAAAUACAAGACCUUCUCACCCUCUGACAUAAUCCCAUAA